CACUGAAAGAGGGCGGGAGCUGUCAGAGUUAACUUUCCAAGUUAAGACAGGCUGGGAAAGAGCUGGGUCAUGUGACAGCUGUAUAUCAAUUAGGAAAAAAUAAUAAAAAUUGUAUUUUUUUUUUUAUUAAAAUGAUCACAGUGCCAUCAUCCACAUACAGACAGGGGCGGACUGACCAUUUGGAAACUCGGGCACUGCCCGAGGGCCCGGGGUCAGUAGGGGGCCCCAUGAGAUGCCCCUGGUACCUUUUUCAUAGGCGUUUUUGAGUAUGGACAAGGACACAGGGGCCCCAUGAUCCCCUAUUGCCCGGGGGCCCCAU